UAUUCCUCUCAAACCUCAUUUUUUCUCAUGUCCAGCUACUACUUCUCCUUUCGGUGAAAAUAUAUCUCAAACCAAAGCUAGCGGUUACUUCAAACUUUCAUAUCAUCACAAAUAUAUAUCUACAUAUAUAUAUAUAUAUAUAUAAGCACAAACACACAUCGUUUUCCUUAAAGUAGUACAAGAGAAAGGGGGAAAAACAAGAAAAGAAGAAGAGGAAAGAGAAACAUGGGACGUCACUCAUGCUGUCUGAAGCAGAAGUUAAGGAAAGGUCUUUGGUCACCUGAAGAAGAUGAGAAACUCUUCAAUUACAUCACUCGAUUCGGCGUCGGUUGCUGGAGUUCAGUUCCUAAGCUUGCUGGAUUGCAAAGGUGUGGAAAGAGUUGCAGAUUAAGAUGGAUAAACUACUUGAGACCCGAUUUAAAGAGAGGAAUGUUCUCACAACAAGAGGAAGAUCUCAUUAUCAGUCUUCAUGAAGUUCUUGGCAAUAGGUGGGCACAAAUUGCAGCACAAUUACCAGGAAGAACAGACAAUGAGAUAAAGAACUUCUGGAAUUCAUGCCUAAAGAAGAAGUUAAUGAAGCAAGGGAUUGACCCAACGACACACAAGCCAAUAAACGACACUGAAGUGAUCAAGGAAAGUAACAAGAGUAUGAUGGUGAAGAAUAGUAAUUCUAGAGACCAAAUUAAGGAUCACCAGUCUAAUUUGGCACCAAACCACCAAGCUUCACCACUACUUCCAAAUUAUGUCUCCUCAACAUUGGCCUCCCAUGGACCCACAUUCCUCAUCUCCGAUUCCGCUUACCUAGAAUCCGCUGCCGCAGCCACCGCCGGCGGCGGCGGAUCAAACUUCACAUUGAGCAACAACAAUUCACUAUCUUUCUUUGAUAGUGCUAUUAAUGAGGCUUAUAAUAGCAAUUGUGAAAAUCUCAAUAUUUCACAAUUCCAAACCUCAAUUAGACCCUACAAUAAGUACUAUGAUCAUCAUCAUCACCACCAAACAGCCUCAACAAGCUUCAAUGCCAGCUUCACUUCAAUGCCGAGUUUAGCAAGCUCCGACCGCGGAAACAUGUCCAUGACCACGACCACAACCACGACGGCGACCGCAGACUUCUCCGACAACAACAACAACAACUCCUUCUUCUUGAACGAGGUUAAGGAGAGCAACUCCAGCAACAGCUCCAACGUUAGCAACUAUAUGCAGAACAAUAAUAAUAAUGUGGGAUUUUCUUGGGAUGCCGACAACAAAUUGGACUCGUUUUUUCAGCAGUUUCAGGUGAUGAAUAAUGGCAUCAAUGUUAUAAAAACUGAGGAAAUGAUGAUGAGGCCAACAGCUACAAGUACUACGAAUUCAUCAAUAUUAUCAUGGCAAACCUCUCAUGUGGAUCAUUUGAUCAGUAGCUAUCCGUUAACGUCGCUUUCAGAAGAUUUAACAGGUGCUAAUUUUGAUAAUGUUUUCCAGCAUAUUUCAUGA